GUUGUAAAAAGAGAAUACUUUGUCAAUAAGCUCCAGAGUUUUCAAGACAAUGGCUAUAAAGAGCUUCUCCAUUGAAUACGAUGCCAAAAACAAAGACAAUGUGUUCUCAAGAGGUGACAGCAUCUCAGGGAGGGUGGUGCUGGACGUGUCCAAAGAGACUAAACUAGAGCGUCUCACUGUAAAGGCCAAAGGGAAAGCAUCUGUAAGGUGGACUGAACAUUAUGGACCUAGAUUACACAUCACAUACACUGCAAAAGAAAAGUACUUCUCCAUUGAAAAACAUCUUCUGGAUGAUUCAACACGUGGUUCUAAAGUGACAGGUGUUGGGAGACAUGUCUUCCCUUUUACUUUUGAAAUUCCAUAUUUGGAGUUACCAUCUUCUUUCAAGGGUAAACACGGGAAAAUCGUUUACAGUCUGGAGGCCAGAGCGAGCAGAUCCAUGAGGCUGGAUCGCAAAGCUAAAGAAGAAUUCAUUAUUCUUUUCAACGAAGACCUGUCCACCCCUGACUUAGUGAAACCUCAACACAUCUGCAGUGACAAGAAGCUGCUCUCCUCUGGAAACGUCACCUUGAAUGUGCACACUAAACGGAUGGGAUAUCUGCAAGGCGACACAAUUGAAGUCCGAGCUGAAAUAAUCAACAAUUCAAACAAAACCAUCACGCCCAAGUACUACCUGUAUGAGAAGCAAACGUUCUACACAAAAUUAAAGAGGAAGGUCUAUACUAAAGGCAUAAUAAAGGAGAAAGGACAGCCAAUAGGGCCCAGGGCACAGCUGAAUGACACUAAAGUCCUGCACAUCCCAGACCUGCUUCCUCCAACUCUCCUCAGCUGCACUAUACUGAAACUGGAGUACACACUCAAGGUCGUCCUGGAUGUGUCGCUCAUCGGAAAUACAGAGGUGAAGCUACCAAUCAUUGUGAUGAGAGAGUCCACGAUGCUGCAAGAGCAAAAUCAGAGGGAAAGUUUAUUUGGAUAGUCUCUCCAAACAUGUUUUCCUGUUUUAGCAGCAUGUUUCAAUUUAUAAAAACGCAAAAGGUUAGCACUUUAAAAUAGUGUCUGGGACUUACUAGGAACAUACAGUGGUACUUACUUGACUGGCAAUUACAAUGGUAGUUACUGUGGUACUUACGGUGGUACUCUGGCUGGUAAUUAUACUGAUACUUACCAGUACUACUUACCAGUACAUAUUCUUUAAUUUUGUGUAGCUGCAAUAACAACACCACUAAACCAUAUCACUACACCGCUCAAUAGAUACCACUGUAACUAACACUAUAAUUCACCUUUCACUUAAAACGACAUAUUACUAUAAGUACCAGUACUAGUACCAAUAACUAUUAGUGUAAGUAUCACCCCUUGUUCCACUAUAAGUACCACAAAGUACCGCUAUUAGUUAUGCUGUAUAAGUCCCAGCCAAAGUACCGGUAAGUAUUAGUAUUAGUAUAAUUACCAGAAAAAGUAU